AUGUUGAAUGGGAAGAUGAAUAAAAAAAAAGAAAAUGAUCUGCAAGAAUCUACAACUGUAGAUAAAUCUUCUGAUCGAGAAUCUGAAUAUUUUGCUCUUGCCAACAUUACCAAGCAGACAACUUCACGCAUACACAUACAUUUGAACAAGAAUGCAAUCUUAAACACAACUAAUAAUGAAAGUAAUGAUCGGAACACUGCCGGAAAAGAAGAAGAUUCCCAUUAUGAUAAAUUGGGAUUGAUUAGUGAAUUUGCCAUCAACCACACUCCAUCAGAUGAUCAAACAGCUUCAAGUUUGCUUAAAUCCUUUACACAAUUUGUCGUUUGUCAGGAUUCUGGAACAAUUGAUGCAUUACUUGGAUUCUAUCGUAAAAAUCGUUAUGUUGUACAAGAUAUACAAGGAAAACUGGUAAAGUCUUUAAAAAACUUGUAAAA